GGAGGUGUCUUUAACGGAUAACUUGAUAUGAAGGCAUGCUGAUGUGCCAAUGGGGACAAUUCAGUUGGAAGGGUGAGAGAAACUGUUGAUGUGGAAGACACAGCUGAAUACAUGCCUGAGUCCAGUCCCGUGGGUGAGAGGGACUGGAACUCAGAGCAUAAGUAGAGCUAUCACAUCUCACAGGAAGAAGAACUUGUCUUUCUUUGUAGUAAGAGGAAAAAUAGAGUAGGCGAGUAGAGAUGUAGGAAAAACUGAUAGAUUUGUUGGUUAAAAGAUGAAAUAAUUUUAAUGCAGAAAAUAUUAGAAGGAGCAGAGGCUUGCUGUUCUAAGGAGAAACAAGGAACCAGGAGAUAUUUUGGUAGCUGUUUCCAAGUUGAAGCUCCUCAAGAAACCCAGACUUCCAAACACAUUCAUGAGUUGAAGCUUUGUCCUUCUGAUCAUUUCCAUAGACUAAGGACCACAAAGGCAGAUGAGAUAUAUCCAGUGAUGGAGAAAGAGGGCCGAACACGCCUGGCCCUCAUCAUCCACAACAAAGAAUUUGAUUACCUUUCUAACCGGCAUGGUUCUGAAGUUGACCUUCUGGGGAUGCAAGACCUGCUAGAAAGCCUUGGAUACACAGUGGUUGUAAAAGUGAAUCUUACAGCCUCGGAAAUGGAAGCAGAGCUAUGGGAGUUUGCUGCCCGCCAAGAGCACCAAUCCUCGGACAGUACAAUCUUGGUAUUUAUGUCACACGGCAUCCUGGAAGGAAUCUGUGGGACAAAGCACAGGGAAGGAGAGCCAGAUAUACUUCCAGAUGAUACCAUCUUCCAAAUUUUCAACAACCGUAACUGCCAGAGUCUAAGAGACAAACCCAAGGUCAUCAUCAUGCAGGCCUGCAGAGGCAGAGGUGUUGGGAGUGUUUGGGUGCCAGAAAUGGGAGAAGCCUGUGCAUGUAGAUAUGACCGGAAUUUUCAGUACUACGGCUGGAGUGAUGCUGUUACAAAGACCCACGUGGAGAAGGACUUCAUUGCAUUCAAGUCUUCAACUCCACAUAAUAUUUCUUGGAGAAAGGACAAAAGUGGCUCUCUCUUCAUUGACCAAAUUAUCUACCAUUUCAAAGAAUAUUCUUGGUGUCAUCAUCUGGAGGAGAUUUUUCGAAAGGUUCAACGUUCAUUCGACACAUCGCUUGAAGAGCUCCAGAUGCCCACUACUGACAGAGUAUCCUUGACACGAUAUUUCUACCUCUUCCCUGGGAAUUAAAACUCAUAUGAAGCAUCUCAGGGCAAAUGGAGGCUUUAUGGUCUUUAUGAAUCUGCUACUUUAAAAGGUCAUUUUUUGAUUAUGAAUAUUUUUGUACCGGAUUUCCAACUGACCACCCUUUGCAAAUACCAGGCCAAAAAUCACUGUCUUACUAUUGUUAAGUUAAUAAAAUUCCUUUAAAAGUA